AUGAGAUUAAUAAUCGUUCCCGAUGACCGAUGCCAAGCCUUCCCCAUACCCACAUCGACUCGAACUUCAUCCCGCAAUCUCGUCCCGUCUCUCUUCCCCCAGACUCAGUCCCAGAGCAGAAACACUCCACUAUCCCCUCUCACCUCGUCCCUCAUCCUAUCGAACGAUGACCCGCGUCUGGAUCUUGGGGUACCCGCGCCCAACAUGAUCCCUCCCGAAUCUGACGAUUCCCUUUUGGCCUUCUCCGCCGGCAUGGGGCAUGCCCUGGGGCCAGACGAUGCUCCUCCCCCCGAAGACAUUGACAGCCAGAGUCGGGCCAGCUCGCGAGGUCCCGACAGCCUGCAUCCGAUGGGCGACGCACCCGAGACCGGCGGACAGGGCCGUCCGCGAGAGGAGGAGGAAGGGACAGAGCAGAAGACCGAGAAACCUGCCUGGAGUGAACUGAAGACGAAAGCCGGCAAGGAACGAAAACGUCUACCGUUGGCGUGUAUCGCGUGUAGAAGGAAGAAAAUCCGCUGCUCUGGCGAGAAGCCCGCGUGCAAGCAUUGCUCGCGCUCUCGGAUCCCGUGCGUGUACAAGGUCACCACGAGGAAAGCAGCCCCGCGAACGGACUACAUGGCCAUGCUGGACAAACGGUUGAAGAGAAUGGAGGAUCGGGUGAUCAAGACCAUUCCCAAGGGAGAGGCCAGGGAUAUGGCGGCGAUUGGGCGGUCGGUGGUGCGGCCUCCUCAGCCCGGAGAGACUUCUAAGACUCAGAAAAAACGGUCGGCCGAGGAAGCGUUUGCUGCAGAGAUGGACGAGUGGACUCGCGGGGACCGUCAAGCACCGCAGGAUACUUUUCCCAUGCACCGUGAUGGUAAACCAGGGGAGGGGGUAUCCAGUCUGUUGACGGAGGGUGCGGAUUUUCUACCCUCGUUGGAGAUCCAGGAACAUCUGGCGGAGGUCUUCUUCGAUUGUGUCUACGGACAAUCGUACCUCCUUCUUCAUAAACCCAGCUUUAUGCGACGGUUAAAAGCCAGGACGGUUCCGCCGGUGUUGAUCCUGGCCGUCUGUGCCGUGUCGGCUCGAUUCUCGACACAUCCGCAGAUCAACUCGGACCCUCCUUUCUUGCGCGGAGAGAACUGGGCCAAUCCGGCAGCCACUAUUGCGAUGGAUCGGCACGAUGAACCAAAUAUUACUAUUUUGACCGUCUUUCUGCUCCUGGGUCUACAUGAAUUCGGGACGUGUCAUGGAGGGCGGAGUUGGUCGUUCGGGGGCCAAGCGCUACGGAUGGCGUACGCUUUGCAACUGCAUAGGGAGCUCGACCAUGAUCCUUUGCUAAGUCAGAGCCAAGACAGCGGAUCGCAGCAGCUCAGCUUCACCGAUCGCGAGAUCAGGAGGCGGACUAUGUGGGCAUGCUUUCUGAUGGAUCGAUAUAACUCGUCCGGGAGCCAAAGACCGCCCAUUGGGAAUGAAAAGUUCCUGCACAUACAACUCCCAACGAAGGAGCCGAACUUCCAAAUGGAAAUCCCCGGACCUACGGAAGAUCUGGAUGGGAACGUUCCCAACCCGGUUCCCGAGGAUGUUGGGCAGUUGUCCAAUGCCAAAGACAACAUGGGCGUAUCGGCUUAUAUCAUUCGCGCCGUAGUAAUAUGGGGCCGCAUCGUUGACUACCUCAAUCUGGGAGGGAAGAGAAAGGAUCCGCAUCCACUGUGGUCGCCCGAGUCUGGAUACAUGCACCUCAAGCGGCAGAUCGAGGAAUUUUCCGCGAGUCUCCCAAGUCACCUGGCCUUCACGUAUGAGAACCUUCAGGUCCACGCAGCCGAUAGAACUGCGAACCAGUUUCUCUUCCUCCAUAUUGUCAUUCAUCAAAACAUGCUUUUCUUAAACCAGUUUGCGAUCCCAUUGGCGCCGGGCGGGCGGCCCCCACGGGACAUGCCAAAGGCUUUUCUGAGCAAUGCCGGGCGAGCAGCCGUUGAGGCAGCCCAUCACAUCUCUGUGUUGAUCGACCGGGCCUCUGCCUAUCCUCUGACUGUCCCGUUUGCCGGAUAUUGCGCUUAUUCGGCCAGUACGGUCCACAUCUGGGGCAUCUUCUCCAAAAAUGCACAGCUGGAGGCUCGGUCGAAGGAGAACUUACGCCAUGCGUAUCGGUAUCUAAACAAGAUGAAGAAAUAUUGGGGCAUGUUCCACUAUAUGGUCGAGAGUGCCAAGGAUCGCUAUCGACAGUUCGCCGAUGCCGCCAUCAAGGGCUCGGUACCCACGCAGAACGGCGGCCAAACCACCCCGAUGUUCCAGUACGGCGAUUGGUUCGACAAAUAUCCCCAUGGUGUAUCGAGGCUACACUGGGAGGAUCCGGACUCCCAGCGCAGUGAGACGAACGACGACGCGGUGAUGAGCCAAAAGCCCGAUCUCCAGAGCGUCGAAGCCUUCUUCGCCAGCCUCUCCCCUUCGCCGCAGGCCACUACGACACGGCGAUCACGUUCCAGGAAGAGCAGCCGGGUCGAUACCGUCCCGAGCCUGGACCAGCCGACGCCCUCGCAGUCCAUGAUAGAUAUGAAUUUGGAAGCCACUCCAGGCAUGCUGGACACAUCCAGGACUGGAUUCCCUCAACCCGCCAUAUUCAACCAGGAACAACUCUUCGGACAAUCCCCCUUCGACUUCUCCAUGCCAACCGACCAACUGCCCCAGUUAGACCGACAGUUCGUCUACGACUCCUUUUCCGGCUUCGAUCCCCCGACCACAUCAUUCGUUUCCCCCGACCACCCAGCCAUGCCAUCCAUGAACAACACCAAACCACAACCACCACCUCCGCCGCCUCCCCCUCCGCCACCACCGCAAGACCACCCCGCCAUUUUCACAGGCCAGCUAGACCCCAGCGCUCCCUCCGGGACAGGCGAAUUCUACCAGCCAAGCGCCUGGUUCCUACCCUUCAACCUGGACCCCGUCAGCACCGGCGUGAACCUCGAUGCGACGACAGGACCCGGCAGUGGUGCCGGCGCAGCCCCGGACAUGAGCUUUGGCGCAGGACACCUCGCUCUCGGGGGAUAUGAUUUAGGAAUGGCGGGAGUAACUCACCGUACGAACGAGUAG